CCUGCACCUGCACCUGCACCUGCAUGGGUGGGGAUGUACUUGACUAAAGGAUUUAGGGUAAAAACAACAAAUGAAGAAGCAUCACUGCAGAGAAGCAGAGUCCUGAAGCUUGAGAGCUGAUCAGAAGAAAACAUUAUUGCUCAUGUUUGAUGUAGUCCAUUCUUUGGGUGGCCCCACAUUAUUUUUUACUCAUCAUCACUGCUUCAGAGAAACAGUCCUAAAUCUUGGGAGGCUCACAAGAAAGCAUUAUUACUCAUAUUUGACAGAGUUGAUUCCCUGGUGGCCCCAUUCUAUUAUUCUUAUCAUCUUUUGAAGAUGGUUUCCCACAAAACUUGAAAAAGAGGGGAAAAAGCUACCCUCCUCCGAAUUGCCGCCACUCACUUCACAGUCCCACAAAUAUUGGGCGGGAAGCGUGGGCUUCUGUGGAGGAAGCCGGAAGGCUGUUUUUUCCCCGGCGUUGGUGGGUGGCGCCGCUCCACCGCCACCACCAUGGAGUGCAACAAGGAGGAGGCGGCCCGAGCUCUGGACAUUGCGGAGGCAAAGCUACAGAAGCGUGAUCUCGAGGGGGCUCGACGUCUGCUGCAGAAGGCCCAGCACCUCUUUCCUUCUCUCUCCCGCAUUCCCCAAAUGAGUGCGCUUCUCGACGUCCUUCUCGCUGCCGCCCCCAACCCUGGUGCCGGCAGCGUCGAGCCAGAUUGGUAUGCUGUUCUCGGCAUCCUCGAUCCGUCUCUACCCAUCGCUCUCAUUAAGAAGCAGUACCACGCAAUGGCCCUCCUUCUGCACCCUGACAAGAACGCCUCGAGGUCAGCGGACGAAGGCUUCAAGCUCGUCGCACAGGCGUGGGCGGUUCUCUCGAACCCUGCCAUGCGGACCGCCUACGACUCCAGGAGGGCUGCUGCUCGCGGCAACACGACUUGCCGUCCUUCUCAGGACGGUCGCUCGGAGACGCCUGGACCACCUGCUGAGGCGAAUGGUGAUGGUGCUAUUGUAUUCGCUACGACUUUUUGUCCGCACUGUAAGAAGAUACUGGAGGUGCUGGAGCAGUUGAUGGGUAACUUGAUCCAAUGCAAGUACUGCGAGAAGCUUUUCCUUGCAAUCGAGCAUAAUCCAAACGAGACGUCUUCCAGGCGUGGGAAAUCUAAUGGACCAUUGCCGCAGGAUAGGAAGGAUCGCUGCUUGAACAUGAACCAGAAUGUUAGCAGUGAAGGUGGAGUAUCUAAACAGAACGUGAGACAGCUGAAUCACAGCGAUGAAGAUGAAGAGCUGAAAGAAACUGCGAAGCCGAAAGGCAACGGCGGUCGAGGGACAGAAGUCAAAGAAAACGUGGAGCUGAGAUGUCGAAGAAAUGGAUGCAGAGUAUCAAGAAAGAGCGUUAAGAAGGGAGGCGGCAGUAACAGCAGCGAAGAACUUAAAGAGAACGAGAAGAAAAAAAAUGGCAGCAAGGGAGAAAGGGAACCGAAGGAAAACGCGGCACAAGCGGGAAGAGAAAAGGAGGAUAGCGACGGUCAGCAGGAAGUGCUCAAAGAAUAUAGAACUUCCAAAAGGAAGAGGCCACAUUGCGAUAGUCAGAACGAAAAAGCAGCAGAACAUGCGGUUCCCACGAAGAGAGUGAAGACCACAAGGGCAACGAAGGUGAAUGGAGAUGACCGAUCCGAAAAGUCAACAGGAAAUGCAACACCAGUAAAGGAAACAGAAGCGAAUUUCGAUAAUCAAUCCACAGGAAAGACAGUUUCCAUGGGGGAGAAGAAAGUAGACUUUGAGAGACAAUGUAAGAAAUCUCUAAAAAAUGCAACGUCUGCAAAGGGACAGAGGGUGCAUUUUGAUAUUGAGGAUGAAACAAAAGAGGGAAAUGCAGCGCAGUCGAAGUCGUUUGGUGAUGGCCAGCAUGGGAAAUCUGCAGAAGAUGCGACACCUGAAAGAGGAACAGGACCAAGUGAUCAAGGCUGCAGUAGAAGUCCUGCAAACACCAUCCCAACCAGGAAACGAACGAGGGAGAAAGAAAGGGUUGAUUAUUCUGAGUCCAGGCCAAAAAAGAGGUCUCGUGUCAGAAGUAAGACUGAAAAAGUCUGUGUUCCUGAUGCUGAUUUUUGUAGUUUCAGCGAAGAGUUCUCUGUAGAUAAAUUUGAGGUAGGACAAGUGUGGGCCUUAUAUGAUGAUGAUGACCAAAUGCCGCGGUUCUAUGCAUAUAUAAAGCAUAUAUUCUCCAAGGAUCCCUUCAAGGUGAAAAUUCAGUGGCUUGAGGCAAAAACUGACGAGUCUCGAGCUAUUGCAAAUUGGAUUGAUGCUGGAUUCUACUUAGGUUGUGGGGAAUUUAAGGUUGGAGACUGUAAGAUUAUGCAUGGUCUUGAAUCAUUCUCUCAUCAAAUCUUCUAUUGGGAGAAUACAAUGGAUGGGAAUUUCAGGGUGAUGCCCGGUAAAGGGGAAGUUUGGACCCUUUACAAGGAAUGGAGUGCGUCCUGGAAUGGAUCGGAAUCCCUGGAAACGUUACAUGCCUAUGAGAUUGUCGAAAUAGUAACAGAAUUUGAUGAAGAUGCUGGUUUUGAAGUCAUACCACUUGCCAAGCUCAAAAACUAUGUUUCUGUUUUCCGAAGAGAAAAGAGGAAAAGGGUAAUUGCUGUCCGUGAAAUGCUUAGGUUUUCCCACUCCGUGCCUUUCAGGGAGCUUUCUGGUAAUGAGGAUCGUAAACUUCCUAGAAACUGUUUGCAGCUUGACACUGCUGCUUUGAAGAAUGAAAAUACCUGAGAAGCUGAGAUGCCUCACCUACUAUCCCAUCCCAUACCAUGUGUUAUGGGAUGGAUAUGGUUAUGUUCAACAUCUUCAGCUCUCAUGUUUGUUUGUUUUCUUAUCUUCCGUGUGAAAUGGAAAUUAAUCCCAAGUCUUGGGCCUCGGAGAGUGGCAGAAAGUUGAGGUUUUCUCAUGGAACUGUAUAUGCGACAGCAAAGUUUCUAUCAAUACAUGAUUUAGAGGACAAUGUCUGUUCAUAAAUUAUUGGUCCACGCAUAGGAAUUUUUCAAUGACCUUUUUUUUCUUUGGCAGCUUGAACUUCGGGUCUGGCUUAGAGAGUGGCAGAAAGUUGAGGUUUUCUCAUGGAACUGUAUAUGCGACAGCAAAGUUUCUAUCAAUACAUGAUUUAGAGGACAAUGUCUGUUCAUAAAUUAUUGGUCCACGCAUAGGAAUUUUUCAAUGACCUUUUUUUUUCUUUGGCAGCUUGAACUUCGGGUCUGGCUUAUUGGUGGCCAUUGAUCUGCUUUAUUGCCAAUCAUGUUUCCACUAGACUUGUAUGCCAUCCCAUGUGUGGUCGUUGGCUAUUCCUAUAUUUGAGGGUUUGAGAUAUACUGAUGGGAGGAUACAUCUUUUAUCUCCUACCAUCGAGUGUCUUGGUUUGUACUUUUCUUUUUGUCUACAAAUUAAAGCAGCCUUUGGACA